CCCCACCCAAAACCUACUCAGGCCUUUCACCGACCUGCCUUCUGAUUGGAGACCAGCUGCUCUGGAUAGUGACCUCCUGGACCCCUCUGUUGGUUCCAGCCUGUUUAUAUUAUUCUUACUGCAACUUAAGACGCCUGCCGCAGGGUGUGAGCAAAUUAAAAGACUAGCAUUUGCACAUCCCCAGGUACCAGAAACACUGAAAGGUGACAGUGCUCCAGCUACCUGAGUGGGCCCAGGACUGGUAUUUGCCCAUGUGUCCCUUGAGGACAGACCUGGUGGCCCCCAUGAGGGAUCUUCUACAGUACGUCGCCUGUGUCUUUGCCUUUUUCUCUGCUGGGUUUUUGAUUGUGGCCACCUGGACAGACUGCUGGAUGGUGAAUGCUGACGACUCCCUGGAGGUGAGCUCAAAAUGCCGAGGCCUCUGGUGGGAGUGCGUCACAAACGCAUUUGAUGGGAUUCGCACCUGUGAAGAUUACGAUUCUAUACUUGCAGAACACUCCUUGAAACUGGUAGCAACUCGAGCAUUGAUGAUUACUGCAGACGUUCUCUCUGGGUUUGGAUUUAUCACCCUGCUCCUUGGUCUUGACUGCGUGAAAUUCCUUCCUGAUGAGCCAUACAUUAAAGUCCGCAUCUGCUUUGUUGCUGGAACCACACUACUAAUAGCAGGUGCCCCAGGAAUCAUUGGCUCCUUGUGGUAUGCUGUUGACGUUUAUGUGGAACGUUCUUCUCUGGUUCUGCACAAUGUAUUUGUUGGCAACCAAAAUAAAUUUGGUUGGUCCUGUUGGCUUGGAAUGUCUGGGUCUCUGGGUUGCUUUUUGGCCGGAUCUGUCCUCACCUGCUGCUUAUACUUCCUUAAAGAUGUUGGACCUGAGAGAAACUAUCCUUAUUCCAUGAGGAAGGCCUAUUCAACUGCUGAAUAUGUUGCCCCUCGGUCAGAGACUGCCAAAAUGUAUGCUGUAGACACACGGGUAUAA